AUCUCUGACAGCUGUGGGGAGACCCACGUGGCUGCGUCCAUUUCCACAGCCAAAUAUGCACUUUAGUUUCAACUGAAACUGAAAUGCUUGUAAGUCAAUCGUUUUUCUGAAACCUCAUACUUCAUAUCGCAGAAUGACAACUGCAAUCAACUGUCAUAACAGCAGGUUAAUGGACGACAGCAACCAGCCGUCAAGUGAAGAAGCUCCAGGAAACUUCUACCUCUGCAGAACUGUGGGACUUUUCACAGGGGACAUGCGCCGGUGCAGAAAAUGGGUGUCAAGACAGAAUGUGAUGAUCCAGCUACUGGACUGGAUGUUACGAGGCAUGGCCCAGGUCAUGUUCGUCAACAACCCUCUGAGCGGUCUCCUCAUCACGGCCGGCCUCUUCCUGCAGACCCCCUGGUGGGCUCUGAACAGUCUGCUGGGGACCCUCGUCUCCACCGCGUCUGCCAUCUUUCUGGGACAGAACAGGGAGGCCAUAUCAGCAGGUUUGUACGGCUACAACGGAGCUCUGGUCGGCAUGCUGAUGGCUGUUUUCUCUGCCAGAGGAAACUGGUACUGGUGGCUUCUACUGCCAAACAUGUUCAUGUCCAUGCUGUGCCCAGUGGUGUCCAGUGCCUUGUCCACAGUUGCCAGCAAAUGGGACCUCCCAAUAUUCACCCUGCCCUUUAAUAUUUUGGUGUGUCUACAUAUGGCAGCUACAGGAGCCAAUCAUCCCUACUUUCCACAGGUGGAUAUCCAGCCACAUAACCCUCAGCAGCCCCGUAAUGGCUCCACUGAAAGCCUCGACAUCAUUCAGCUAUUCCUGUCGGUGCCAGUUGGCGUUGGCCAGGUGUACGGCUGCGACGGUCCCUGGACAGGAGGCGUUAUCCUUCUGGGCCUGCUGCUCUCCUCACCGACUAUCUGUCUUCAUGCCAUGUUGGGCUCGGCUGCUGGCGUGUUGACGGGCCUUGCUCUGGCUGCUCCUCUCCGGGAUAUUUACUCAGGGCUGUGGGGAUAUAACAGCGCUCUGUCCUGUAUCGCUGUUGGAGGCGUCUUCUAUGUUAUAACGUGGCAAACCCAUUUACUGGCUGUAGUAUGCGCACUUUUCUCGGCAUACAUGACCUCGGCGAGCUCAAGACUGAUGUCUGUGCUCGCAUUACCCGCCUGCACGUGGCCUUUCUGCCUGUCCACCCUCAUCUUCCUCCUCGUUUCCUCCGAGAUCCCGGCCAUCUGCAGGCUGCCUCUGUCUGUGGUCUCCUACCCGGAGGAGAAUCGGCGCAACCGGAGACGACUUAAAGCCUCAGAGGGAGUUCGGCGCAGUGAGCAGGGCAGCGGCCAAGAAGAAGAGGAGGAGAAGGCCCCGCCGAAGGAGAACACAGGGACAGAUUUCCAGUCGGUAGAGGAGAGAGGAUCUGUGUGAUUGGAGGAGGCGCUCUUUUGUCCUGAAAUGCUCCUCUAUGAAGAUGUAAUUGUUGGGGUAUUAUGUUGAUGUUCAUAUUUGGCAUUUCGUCUCUUACACAACAGUGGUUAUAUGAAAUGGCUGAUGAUUUGUUUUCUAGCAUGCAUUUUUAUCUUUUCUACCCAGCAGAGGGCAGCAUUUUCCAAGGAAAAGCCAGAAACCACAGUGCAUACAGAGAAAAUCUACUCCUAACCUGCCAGAAAGCACUGAGCAGUUUAAACCAAAUGCAUGUAUUAUUAGCUUUGUUAGAAAUAAAAUAUAUAAUGUUAAAUGUGAAGCUAUAACGGCAGCUAUAGCGCAAACAUUAGUCGGUAAAAGCUGUAAACGGUGUUUCCUUCCUCCACAGAAGGAUUGUGGUGAUUGCUGGGAAAUGAUUUAAAAUGCAGCAGGGCUCUUCAUCAGUGCCGACAGUGAGCUGGGGGGGGAGAUUUAAUAAUGUGCUCCCCUUAGCAAAAUAACACCCUCUUCUCUGCCUGGCAUCACACACCUCUGCUUUCUGUACUCCAAUCUGUCCUGCUGUUUUCCUCCCAUCGCUCAUCUUCAUGGCUCUUUUACAUUCUCGCUGUCUCUCUUGCUCAAUUAAUCGUUUUAUUUUAAUUCCUUUGAGGUCAUCUACCUUUCCUCUCAUUCUCUAGUUUUUAAGGACACCCUUUGUCCCUAAACCCCUCACACAAGGAGAUUUUCUAAGCUCUCCAAAACUCCUGAGAUGCCAGCUGAUUAAACACACUGAGGUCUGUCUAUAGUCUGUGUCUAGACCUACCGUAUAUUUACAUUUAUGAGUACAUCUCCAUGUCUCUAGUGCCAUCUGCCUGUCUGUGUAUCUGGCCCACCACGACACAAGUCUAGCCAAUAUAACAGAUAAGAGACAGUCACACUCCCAGACAUGUGUGGGAGAUUUGGUACAUCGGAGGGGAGGGCGCUAGACAAGGGGCCGCGAACAACAAAUGUUCUUCUCGGGCGAUAAAAUAUGACUUGUUAUGACAGGGUUUUCUUUUUUCUUAAACAUCUAAUGUGCAUUUCUUCCUGCCCUUCAUUUCAGCCCAGCACCUACUCAUAUCCAACAGUUUUUCUAUUUGCUAUUCAGCUACAGAGGGAAACUUUCCUCAACUCUGCCACAAUUUAUUUCCUCUUAACUACUGCAGCCUGUAGGUUAAGCUGACAUCCGUGAGCGUGGCCUUUUACACAACGCUGCCUCAGCCGGCGACCUUGGAAGGACCGGUUAGGUGUUGGAAGUGGGACGGGGUGAGAUGAGGUUGGUGUCAUAUCCCCUGUGCCGGGGCUGAGUGCUCUUAACUGUGUGAGUCACCUUCCAGAGUCCCCUGCAGGCAGCGAGCACAGCUCCUGCUGAACACAACAGAGGAGAGAGAGAGAGAUGAGGCUGAAGCUGCGAGGGAUAAACCUCAACACACAGUCCUGCACCCUGGUAUAAAUACAGAGAGAAAACUAAACAUUGGUUUAGCAGUGCCUCUGUAUGUCCAUUCAUGAGCCUGUUGGAAGGAACAGCUAAUCUCAUAAGACAGUGGCUAGAGAAUUAUAUAACUAUGGAAUAAGAGGUUCAAGGGAAGGAAGGUAAAGGCAGCAGCAAGGAGACAAGAACAUGUGAAGUAGAUCUAGUGUCUAUAAACAUAUUGUCUGAUAAAUCUUAUGAUACUGUGAAUAAUCCUCUAUCAGUGACAAAAUGCAUUUAUU